AUGGACCGCUCCGACAUGGCAUCCAUGUCCAAUUGCUCGACAUCUCACCAUCAAGCCUCCGUCAAGCGUGACAUCUACGCGUCUGAGACUGAGGUAUAUUUUACCAUGCACAGGGUUACUCUAAUCACCGUGGUGGUAGUUACAGGUGUAGCAGUCAUUGCCCUCCUCGUCUUUGUCGUACUCCGCGAGCGGCAUAGCAAGCAGCGUGAAAUUCAGCGCACCAAGGACAUUGAAGCUAGCGCUGCUGCUUUUGCUAAGGUUAUCAACGAACCCUCUAGCAAACAGCCGACGCCGCCUACCGCACCCAGCUCGCCAUACAUGGGUGAUAGGUUCCCCGAUGGCGGAAUAGGUAACUACCAGCCGGCUCGUGUGUCGUCUGACAAGUCCUUUUAUGAUGGGAGGUAUGGACAGCAUGAUGAGUAUCAGCUUUAUGAGGUUGAUCUAGGACAGGUGAGGCGACUGGGUGAAGACAAGUUCGGCAAGUUGUAA